GGCCGCAGCGCGUUGGCACCUCAAGCAGCGUCGGCUCUGCUGUCCCCUGCCUCCGUCGUACGCAAACCUGGCAGGGUAGCUGAGGAGCUGCGCGGGAAUCAGGAGUCUUUCAGCAAGGCCUGCGUGUCUGUCCUCUGUCCGUCUGUCUGUUAACAUACAAAUGCCGGUUCGUGCAAACCGGAGUUUCCUGUGGGACACAGUGUCAUUGCGGUCCAAAGGUCGGGUGGAGAAGGGUAGGACCUCGGCCGAAUUUGUGCUCAAAGCUAGAGAGGGAGGUUAAGAGACCAGAAAUCUGGAUCUCGAUCACCACACACGUGAGGUGUGGGCGAUCUGCGCCGCUGGCAGCUCUUUGCUUGAACUUGGAUGUGGUACUGUGGGCCUGUCCUUCAGAGCGAAGGGUCUGUUAUUGCCUUUCGUGAAAUGUGGAAGUCUCAGGUCAUUGGAAUAUUGGACGUGUUCACACCAGAUAUAACACUGGAGAAAUUUAAUGACUUCUACCUAGUCAUGCCAUUUAUGGGAACAGACUUAAGUAAGAUAAUGAAGCAUGAGAAGCUAACUGAAGACCGAAUCCAGUUCCUGGUAUAUCAGAUGUUAAAAGGCUUAAAGGUCAAUGGAAAGUUCAUGUUGAGUUCAGGAAGAUUUGUAUCAAGCCCUCAGUGCUUUGCUCUGAGACAAGCUGUAAAUAAAUGUCUUCAUUAUAUUCAUUCAUCAGGCAUAAUUCACAGGGAUCUGAAACCUGGAAACCUGGCUGUAAAUGAAGACUGUGAAUUGAAGAUUCUGGAUUUUGGAUUGGCAAGGCAUACAGACAGUGAGAUGACAGGUUACGUGGUUACAAGGUGGUACAGAGCCCCAGAGGUCAUACUUAACUGGAUGCAUUAUACACAAACAGUUGACAUCUGGUCUGUGGGCUGUAUAAUGGCUGAGAUGAUAACUGGGAGGCCUCUGUUCAAAGGAAACGAUCAUCUGGACCAACUCACAGAAAUAAUGAAAAUAACAGGCACACCAACUCAAGAUUUUGUUCAAAAACUGCAGAGUCAAGAUGCAAAAAACUAUAUCAAAAGCCUCCCAAAAGUUCAGAAAAAAGAUUUUGCAUCCAUCUUGAAGUACGCGAAUCCUCUGGCUGUAAACCUUUUGGAGAAGAUGCUAGUGCUAGAUGCAGAGAAGAGAGUCACAGCAGCUGAGGCUUUGAUGCAUCCUUACUUUGAACCUAUUCAUGAUCCUGAGGAAGAAAUCGAAGCUGAAAAAUACGAUGACACAUUUGAUAACAUGGAUCUUCCACUGGAUGAAUGGAAGCGUAUUACUUAUAAAGAGAUACUGAACUUCAAGCCACCACAAACAUCAGAGUCAAAGGAGACAGCAGUGUAAUUAUCUGACUUGAUCUUUUCAGAACUCAGAAGAAAACAAGAAAGUUGUAAAUGUUUGUGAUAUUUCAGGUGUAUAAAACUUUUAUAAAUAAAUUGGAUGUAAUCUGUUUCA